AUGCGUUUUACUUCGACCUUCCUGAUCCUCGCGGCCGCCAUGGGCGCCAUCGCCGCCCCCAACGCGGAGCCCGUCCAGCUCGAAGCGAGAGACGAGCGUAUUAGUGUUGAUAUUUGCUCCGGUGUCAACCUGGGUAACUGUAUUAAUAUUGGAAUCUACACUCAGCAUCAAUGCUACAACUUGAACGGCAGCCCCGUCAAUGACAAUGUCAAGUCGGUGCGUAUCCCGAACGGGUACCGUUGUCGCUUCUGGGACUCCACCAAAUGCAAUGGCGGUGGUACCGGCGAUAUCCAAGCCCCGGGCAACAAUAACAUCAACGGGGGUUCUCUGAGCUCGAUCAAGUGCUACAAGAACUGA